GUGUGUGUGUGUAUGAGUGUGAGUGAGUGUGUGUGUGUGUGUGUAUGAGUGUGAGUGAGUGUGUGUGUUACAAAGUGAGCACGUGCUCCAGCUGUGCAGUUUUCAGGAAGGUUGUAUUAGUAGUGGAGGAUCAUCAGGACGAUGCCGCUGUUUGCAGGACAGCUGAGAUGGACACUGUGUCCUGUUGGACUGUCCGUCUCCGUCAGGUAACACACCUGUGGGAGAUCUGAAGGGGGCGUGGCCUCCAGCGGGGAUCAUGAGUUUGUACAGGAACGUCUCUGAGCUGGUUCUGGAGACGCUGUCCUCCUCGGCGUCUCUGGGAAACGUGGAGCGGAACGGGUCUCAGUCCUGCAACCAAACCGGGAUCAGCUCAGAACCGCCGCCCUUCGCCAACCAAUCAGCCGGCAGAGGAGGAACCGGGGGGGCGGGCGGACGGUGCUCAGGUCAGUCAGGUCAGGAGUUUGGGCAGAAGAACUGGGGGGCGCUGCUGAUCUUGGCGGUGGUGGUGCUCACCGUCACGGGGAACAUCCUGGUGAUCUUGGCGGUCAGUCUGGAGAGGAAGCUGCAGAACGCCACCAACUACUUCCUCAUGUCUCUGGCUGUAGCUGAUCUGCUGCUGGGCCUCCUGGUGAUGCCCGUCUCAAUGGUGACCAUUCUGUACGGUUACUCAUGGCCGCUUCCUGCAGUCCUGUGUCCAGUGUGGAUCUACCUGGACGUCCUGUUGUCCACUGCGUCCAUCAUGCACCUGUGUGCGAUUUCUCUGGAUCGAUACGUCGCCAUCCGUAACCCGUUCCACCACAGCCGCUCGCGGUCCCGCGCCCGCGCCAAGAUCACCGCCGUCUGGACCAUCUCUGCAGGAAUCUCAAUGCCCAUCCCAGUUCUGGGUCUUCGUGAUCAGACUAAAGUCUUUAAAGAUGGCAGCUGCUUUUUGACGGAUAACUCCUUCGUGCUGAUUGGCUCGUUUGUGGCCUUCUUCGUGCCGCUGACCAUCAUGGUGGUGACCUACUUCCUGACCAUCAGCGCCCUCCAGAGUGAAGCUACUCUCUGUCUGGAGCAGCUGGUUCCCCGGCCACGGUGGAGCACCGGUUUGACCCUCAGUUUUCUGCCGGGUCCGGCGUUCUCGCCCUCGGAGAAGAAUCUGUUCCUGCGUCGUUCUCUCAGCCGAGACGCCGGGGUCUCGUCCUCGCCGUUCGGACGCCGCACUGCACAGUCGCUCGGUAACGAACGCAAGGCCUCUAAGGUCCUGGGCGUGGUUUUCUUCCUCUUCGUGGUCAUGUGGUGCCCGUUUUUCGUCACAAACGUUCUGGCGGUGGUCUGUCAGCCGGCCACCUGCCACGACGACAUCAUGGGUGGGUUGCUGAACGUCUUCGUGUGGGUGGGCUACCUGUCGUCAGCCGUGAACCCGCUGGUCUACACGCUCUUCAACAAGACCUUCCGCUCUGCCUUCGCCAGGUACGUGAGAUGUCAGUAUCACGAGGAGAAGAAACCGCUGCAGCUCAUUCUCGUAAACACUAUCCCACCGCUAGCCUACCAGUCCACACACCUACCGCUCGCCGGAGGUCUGAGAAACGGGAGCUUCUCUUCACCUCUUCCGAGUAAGAAAGGCAUGGAGGAGAACGUUACCUGCGUUUAAACUGAACUUCUACCAACUCAACCUUUAAAAAACAGUGUGCCAAAUCUUUGGGUUCUGUACUGGGCCCUUUCUUUUUCUUACCCUGCAGAUGGAGCUGGAUCUUCUGAGGAAUUCCAACCAGGAAUUUUACUGUCCAGCAGAACUGAUCUGUGAUUAGUGGAUCAACCCCCCUGUGUUCAGAACAAAACUCCAUCUCCUCCUGAUUCACACGUCAUGGAUGCAGGUUUACUAAACACGGUUAAAUUCAGAGCAUCUCUGGACCGUCUUAACAUACAAAACCCAAACCUGAGACAGAAGAAGAAAAGCAUUAUUAAAUAUAAAAGAUCAAACCAGCCAUGUGAACAAAAUGGAAACGUGUUUCAAGUGUGUAAAAUAAUUGUGUUCUGUCUGUGAACAAAAUGAGUUUUGUAUUUUGUAUAAAGUCCAGAUGUGGGUAUUUUGUAUACGUCUCUGUACUUGACGGUAUUUCAUAGUCGCUUUUCUUCAUGAUGUCGGAUUCAAGACUCUGACUGAACAAAUCUUUGGUUAAACAGUAAACGGUGUUCAUUAAGAGGUUUGGGAAAUGUUCACACGUUUGGUAACUUUAAUCUACAGUAAUAUUUUUGUGAAGUUGUUCAAAUCAACAGACAUCAAUUUAGCCAUGUUCAUUCCUCCAGAUCCUCUAACACAGACAUAAAGAUGGGUUUAAUAAACUGCGGAGGGUCUUUAGACGCACUUUACCUCAAUCAGUGUUGUUGUCUACUUUGCAGCUGAAGAUGAAAUGUUGUGAUGUUUGAAAUCAGUUUUUGAUGUGAUGUUUUCAGGUCAUUCAUGCUGAAUUCAGAUUCUUUGUGAUUAGCAUUCAGAUUAUCAGUAAUGCUAUUCGGCACAUUCCUAAACAAGAACGUCGAGUUACAGAACUACAUUUAAAUGAACAAUAGUUUUAAAUGUUCAGAUGUUCUUUUUACCAGCUGAUAAAGUUUAUAAGAUUCUAUUUAAGGAUCAUCGUCUCUAAACGUGAAAAAGGUUUUUGAGAUGUUCCUCA